AUUAUGGGCGGGACUCAGAAGGUCAAAAUUGAAACAACCGCUGUUGCAAUGAACAAGAAGUUGACAAAAGCGAUGUAGAAGCACAGAGGGAAGUGAGCACAGCACUUUGUGCGACCGAGUACGAGUCUGCACUCUCCAAAUUUCAACCUUUUUUUAAAAAAAAAUCUGACUAGGUACCAAUGGGGUUGAAGACAGAAGAAACGAAUUGCCAGACACAAUUUGAAGCAGCUGUCCAGGUCAUUCAAGGCUUGCCCAAGAAUGGUUCCUAUCGCCCUUCGUAUGAAGAAAUGCUACGUUUUUAUGGUUACUACAAGCAAGCAACAAUGGGUCAAUGCCAGAUCCCAAGGCCGGGAUUUUGGGAUCCUAUUGGCAGAUAUAAAUGGGACGCCUGGAAAAGCUUGGGAAAGAUGACCAAAGAGGAAGCCAUGGCUGCUUACAUAAUGGAAAUGAAGAAGGCAGCCCAGAAGAUUUUCUGGCAGGUCAUCAACACUGUGCCGAUGGACGAAGCUUCGGAGGAUAUGUUUGUAUACUUUGAACCCCUCUAUAAAGUGAUCCAUGAUAUGCCCAGACCCCCUGAAUCCUUCUUCAAGAAAAAAUCAGUUAAAUCAGACUCAGAGACUGUCUCUUUGCAAAACAGUUCAUUAGAUGGGCCUGCUGAAAUCUGUCCAAAUCCAUCAAUAUAUGAAGAGUACAAGCAAGAAGGACCUGGCCUUGCCAACAGAGCUAAGAAGAGCAGCCAAGUGACAAACGAUUCAGAGAAUGAGGUGUUCUGUGAUAGCCUAGAACAGGAAGAAUCUCAUCAGGCCAGAAGGCUAUCAGGCAAACAAAGCUUUCCCUUGAGCAACCCUCCCAGGAAUCAAGCUGCAGAGAAAACAGGAUCUUCAAUGGGUCUUUUGGCUACAUCUCAUCUUACACACCUGCAGACUGUCUCACCUGAGAUCAGCCAAAACCCUGAAGCUAUCAGAGAGAGCCAGAUAAGUGUCUUGACCCAGAAGGACAUGACCCUGCAAGUGAUGAGCACCAUUCAAGCUUUGCAGCAGGAUAUGAAAAAAGUAAUGGAAAGACUCAACUAUUUGGAAUCAUGGGCAGCUCUGCAGUUACUCCCAAUCAUUCUGAUAUCUGAACUACACUUUCAACAAAAUUGCUUAGAAAAUAGAAUGACAGGAACUGCCAAGUUGGCCUGUACAUCUGUCUCCUUAUACCUGGUUUUUCUUGCUGGCUUGGCCUUUUGUUGUCCAGCAGCUACUUUGGUACUUCCAGAGACAGAAGCGAUGAAUUUCUUAUUGUCGUUUAAUAAAAGUAAGGGAGAAAAACUUCUGGAAAUGCCUCAAAAGUUGGGUUUGAACUUCAAACAUUAGACUCCUACCAACAUUUACCAUGCUUUUUCAUAUUCAUCAAUCUAUUGUGCUACAAUCCUGUGGUUCAGAAUGAAAGAUAUUUAAUACACUUUGAUUUUCUACUAACUAAAUGUAAAAUAAAGAUAAAGGUGAGUACAAAAGAAAA